AUGUCAGCUGCAACUGCUGAGGUGGAAGACACUGAUUGGGCUGAAUUGGCCCCAACAUCCUGCAGACUUCCCUCUGCAACACACAGAAAUGAGUCUGCACUGGCAGCACCCGUGACUCUGGUGAGAGAGGGGAAGGUUACAGGAGAAAGGAUUCCACCAGGGGUUGUCCUCCGACCCACGUCACACACCAGGGGUUGUCCUCCGACCCACGUCACACACCAGGGGUUGUCUUCCGACCCACGUCACACACCAGGGGUUGUCCUCUGACCCACGUCACACACCAGGGGUUGUCCUCCGACCCACGUCACACACCAGGGGUUGUCCUCCGACCCACGUCACACACCAGAGGUUGUCUUCCGACCCACGUCACACACCAG